UUAAUUCUUGAGAUAUAUUUGUCUGGUUUAUCUUUAUCGCGUUAGUAAUUAAAACUAAUUUCUAAUUUUUAUCUAAACUAAAAUCUAAUUUUAUCACUAUUUAAUGAAAUAUAUAUAAUGCAAUACUUUAUAUUUUAUUUCAUAUAUGUUUUAUCAAUGUCACUUAUAUGUAUAAAUACAUGCUUUUGUUUUCAUAUCAACAUUCUCUAAGAUGAAGUCAAUAUUGGUUGUUUUAUUUAGCCUAAUUUGCUUGGCAUUUGUCGCUGGUCAAGAUGAUGGUUCUUCUUCUACUACGAAUAUUGCCUCAACAUCGGCAUCGACAAGCACUGGUGAAGAUAAAAUUUAUGUAGAAGAAUCAAAUGUUACCGAUCCAACCUACGAGAUAGAUGCCGUGGAAGCGCUUAAAGAAGCUAUGGCUCUUUUUCCAGUUGACAGUAAACAGUUGUUAGAAACAUUUUCCAAGCUGUUUAAUGUCAAACAUGAGGUAGAUGGAGGAUGGAAAGUUGCUGAAAAAUGCAGCUAUGUUUACAUUCCAAAUGCAGACUCCUUGUAUAUUGAAUUGAAAGUAAUAAAUUCUGAUGGAGAGAGGUUAAUUCUGAUAUGGAGCUAAACAUAAACUAUUUUAGUUGUUAAUUCUUUGUUAAUAUUUCGACUUUCGAAAUAAAGAAAAAUAAUUUAA